GCUCCAGCUUCCUCUCUGCCUCCCGGGAGCGCGAGGCCGGCCCGGCUGUGGAUGGUUAGAUAGCGCCCGUCGCCAGCCCCCCGUCCUCCCCGCAUCCAGCACGGACCCGACGGCGGCGGCGGCUGCAGCAAGAGCAGGAGGAGGCGGAAGAUGGCGGGACGGCUGCCGGCCUGUGUGGUGGACUGUGGCACCGGGUAUACAAAACUUGGAUAUGCUGGAAAUACUGAACCUCAGUUUAUCAUCCCUUCAUGUAUUGCUAUCAAGGAGUCUGCAAAAGUAGGAGAUCAAGCCCAAAGGAGGGUGAUGAAGGGUGUUGAUGAUCUAGACUUCUUUAUUGGGGAUGAAGCAAUAGAAAAGCCAACUUAUGCAACAAAGUGGCCAAUCCGUCAUGGUAUAGUUGAAGAUUGGGACCUGAUGGAGAGAUUCAUGGAACAAGUGAUCUUUAAAUACCUAAGGGCAGAACCUGAAGAUCAUUAUUUUCUUUUGACUGAACCUCCACUAAAUACACCAGAAAACAGGGAAUAUACAGCUGAAAUUAUGUUUGAAUCCUUUAAUGUUCCAGGCCUAUACAUAGCUGUACAGGCUGUCCUUGCUUUAGCUGCAUCUUGGACAUCAAGACAGGUAGGAGAGCGGACAUUGACUGGUACAGUUAUAGACAGUGGAGAUGGUGUCACUCAUGUCAUUCCUGUGGCUGAAGGAUAUGUCAUUGGCAGCUGUAUCAAGCACAUUCCAAUUGCUGGGAGAGAUAUAACAUAUUUUAUUCAACAGUUAUUGAGAGAACGAGAAGUAGGAAUUCCUCCUGAACAAUCUCUGGAAACAGCUAAAGCUGUGAAGGAACGUUAUAGUUAUGUCUGCCCCGAUUUAGUCAAAGAAUUUAACAAGUAUGAUACAGAUGGGUCGAAGUGGAUUAAACAGUAUACUGGAAUCAAUGCAAUCUCAAAGAAAGAAUUUUCCAUUGAUGUUGGUUAUGAACGGUUUCUGGGUCCAGAAAUCUUCUUUCACCCAGAGUUUGCUAAUCCAGACUUCACACAGCCUAUCUCAGAAGUAGUAGAUGAGGUAAUUCAGAAUUGUCCCAUCGAUGUCAGACGUCCUCUCUACAAGAAUAUUGUCCUCUCUGGGGGUUCAACCAUGUUCAGGGAUUUUGGACGUCGACUACAACGAGAUUUGAAAAGAACUGUUGAUGCAAGGCUAAAACUAAGUGAAGAAUUAAGUGGUGGUAGACUGAAGCCCAAGCCAAUUGAUGUGCAGGUCAUUACACACCACAUGCAGCGAUACGCAGUAUGGUUUGGGGGAUCAAUGCUGGCUUCCACACCUGAGUUCUACCAAGUAUGCCACACCAAAAAGGAUUAUGAAGAAAUUGGACCUAGUAUUUGCCGCCACAACCCAGUGUUUGGGGUCAUGUCUUAAAAUUGACUUCAUAGAUAACAGUUAGGGAAGUGGGGAAGAGCUCAUCUUUCUGAUUACCUGUUUUGUCUGGAUGGCUGAUAUUAAGAUAGCAAACUGACUUGACAAGUAAAAGACCAAACAUAAUUCAACAGGAAUAUUUUAAUAAAUGUAUCAACAUACGAAUGUAGAAGAAAGCCAAAAUGAUUAAAAGUGUUUUUUCUUUAGACAAUAUUUGAAUCUGUGUGUAACAAAAAGAAGUGGGUUUUAGUUCUGUGACCUGAUAUUUUGUAUAUUAAUGGAUUAUCCAAGAUUUGAUGGAAUUUAACGGUAUGUAGAUAGCUCUAUGAUGCUUGAAUUAUACACUUUUAAGUGUACAAUGCAAGAGCUUGUUUAUAUUUCAUACUUUUUUAUACUUUGAGGAAAAAAUGUCAAAGAAAAACUGUCGUAUUUGAGGAAAAGAGAGACCAACCCUAAGGUAAAUUUAAAAAAGAGCCUCAUGACACUUGCUUACACACACAUAUUAUUCUAGUUAUUAAAAUUUUCAACCAUCCAAAAAAAAAAAAUCUGGUUUUCUUUGCAAGUGCUUUUUGGAACUAAAGCUAGUAUCGUGGAUUAACUGAUGCCUGCUAGUGCUUUCUGAAUAUUCUCAUUCUGUUUCUUGCUUUAGAAGAAAAGUAAAGACAAGACUGUUGGACCAGUAUUGCAGUUAUGUAGUGUCAUUUCUGAUAAAAAACAAAUCCGAAUAUCAAAAUUGGUGUGUUUAAAGCCUAACACCAUUCCAAUAAAGACACAAAAUUUCUUUUGAUGUUUGUUUGAAGCUCUUCAAUCUCCUUACAAGAUAAAUGAUAAAUCUUUUCUGAAGACCUCACAAUCAACAGUUGGGUUAGCAAGAUGAAUUUUUUUAUGUGCUUUGUACAACCAAGUGUGUAAUUUUAGAACUAAAAUAUUGACUGCUUUCAUUUUGAUAACUGUACCAACAUUUGAUAUUUUCAUUUGCAUAAUGAAUUUUCACAGUUUUUUUUUUCCCGGUCACCAACAAUAUCAUGCAGGUUAGAUUUUCAUUGCAUUUUUAAAUCUCUGGAUCAUGCAAAAAAAAAAAAAAGGAAAAUAAAUUGAAACUGAACUACCUUUUCUAAUGUUUUUUAAAAAGCAAUAUAAUUUCAUUUUAUGUAUAUUAGAUGUGAUUUCUUCUACAUUCUAUUGAAGUUGUGGAAAUUGAAAUCUUUAUAGUGUGUGUGGUGGGAAAAAUUAUCUUGAACUCACUUAUACCUGUUAUGUACAAAAGACCAGAAGAGGGAAAUUUUUUAGACAGUUUUUUGUUCUACAGUAUGAUUGCAUCAGUAAUGUCAAUAUUUGAACUGUAAAAUGUGUUAUCUUUGAAAAUAAUAUAUAGUUAGAACAUUAAAGUAAAUCUGUCCAAAAGAUGAAGACCAAUUUUUUAAAAAGUUGGAAUAUGUUAUAGUGUAGGUACAGAAUUUGGGAGCAAAAACUAGUUUUCAUUUGGAAUGAUUCUGAAAUGUGAGAAUUUACUAAAUAUAUGUCAAAGUUCAUUCUUUGAGAAUGGGAGUAAAUGCUAAUAGAAUGUAUGUCGUCUAUUCUUUGUAGCAAUCAUUUUUCAAAAAUCAUGUGGUUUAGAAAUAAAUUGGAUAAACAAUGAAAAAGGAAUUUUCUCUCCCCCCUCCAUUUAAGGAUUGUUUAAAUUCCAGAAUUCAUAAAUUUGUUUCAUUCAGGACCAGUUUUAUAAUUUGGGCAAAUGAACUGGAACUACAUGGUUACAAAGUUGUUGGUUAUAAGUAAAUGUUUUUAUGGGAAAAAAAAUUCUCUAGAAUGUAAAAAAAAAACCCAAACCAUGUCAAAAAUUAACUUUGAUCAGCUGUUGCAAAUGUUGAAGCAAGAUGAACAAAUACAUUUCAUUCAUUGCACACAAUAUUUACAGUGGCCUUUUGAAGAGAGCACUGGAGUCUGUCCCUUUUCCUUCUUGUCUUCCUCCCCAUGUUUUCCUUUUCCUUUCCCCCUCCUUCAGUGUUCCUUUGAAAAUAAGUAAACCAUUAUUUCCACUAAUUCCAUUCUCUGUAAGAAUUGGCAAAAACUUAAACUUUCCUUUCUCAGUAGAUGAAUUUUGAGAACAUGGGUAAAAUUUGUGACUCUAUAUAGAAAACAAAGCCUCCUAUAUAUAAUGCAGCCCAUUUGUUUUUAUUUGUUUCUUUUCUCAGUACCUUUUGAUAAAGGAUUAUAAGAUGGGCAUAUAUUCACAUGGCCAAAAGUCUUUUACUUGUAAAGCCUGCUUCAUUAGAGUUUGAAAUGUCAAAAAUCUAGGAUCCAUUCUUAAAAAAUAUUUGUAGAAAAUUAAACAUUUCAGUCAUCUUUAAAAACAUGUUAAGGAUGUUAUAGAUCUCAUUUAUAUUUGAAUUUAUUAUGAACCUUUCAGUAUCUGUUUUCGUUUCAAUAGUAAAUUAACUUAGAAAAACAGAUUUUGCUCUUUUAAAUAAACUUAAAAAUGGUA